CAUGAGCCGGUUCGGGGGCCGCGUGCGCGAGUACCCGGCUGUGUCCAUCGACCGCUUCGACCGCGACAACCUGCGCGCGCGCGCCUACUUCCUGUCGCACUGCCACAAGGACCACAUGAAGGGGCUGCGGGCGUCCGCCCUGAGGAGGAGGAUGGAGGGCAGCUUGAAAGUUAAAUUAUACUGCUCCCCUGUAACCAAGGAGUUGCUGCUGACUAACUGGAAGUACAAGUUUUGGGAGAAUCACAUUGUUGCACUGGAAGUUGAAACCCCAACUCAGAUUUCUUUAGUAGAUGAAACAUCUGGUGAGAAAGAAGAUAUAGAGGUGACACUCCUACCAGCUGGUCACUGUCCAGGAUCAGUCAUGUUUUUGUUUGAAGGUGAAAAUGGCACUGUGCUGUACACAGGGGACUUCAGGCUCGCCAAAGGGGAAGCAGCCAGGAUGGAGCUUUUGCAUUCAGGGACCAGAGUAAAAGACAUCCAGAGUGUGUAUUUGGACACUACUUUCUGUGAUCCCAAGUUUUAUCAUAUACCAAGCAGGGAGGAAUGUUUAAAGGGGAUCUUGGAGUUAGUGCGAAGCUGGACCUCCCUGACUCGCAACCAUGUGGUGUGGCUGAACUGCAAAGCUGCUUAUGGCUAUGAAUAUUUAUUCAUAAACCUCAGUGAGGAACUAGGGAUGAAGGUGCACAUGAACAAACUUGAUAUGUUCAGAAACAUGCCAGAAAUCCUUUACCAUGUAACUACAGAUCGACACACUCAGAUUCACGCCUGCCGACAUCCCCGGGAUGAUGAAUGCUUCCGAUGGAACAGGCUGCCCUGUGGGAUCACUUGCCAAAAUGGAACCCCCUUGCAUUUAAUCAUCAUCAAACCCUCCACUAUGUGGUUUGGAGAAAGGAUCAAGAAAACCAAUGUAAUAGUGAGGACUGGGGAGAGUACAUACAGAGCUUGUUUCUCUUUCCACUCUUCAUACAGUGAGAUUAAGGAUUUCCUGAGCUACAUCCAGCCUGUGAACGUGUAUCCCAAUGUGCUGCCAGUGGGUGGGACAGAAGAGAAAGUUAUGGAACUGUUGAAGCCAUUAUGCAGGUCCUACAGGAGAAACGUGGAACCGAGGUACAAGCCCUUAGGAACACUGAAGAGAGCCCACAAGAGAGACUUAUCUGAUACAGAUGAAGAUGAUCUCUUUGAUUCGGAAUUAACUUCUCCAAGGCCUAAGAUUCCAAAACAGCAGAGAGGAGAGAGCAGGCCCCCCAGCACAGCACGGACUGAAAAUGCUGAAGGAAACAAUCAUGAGAGCACAGAAAGUUAUAAAAUGACUGCAACUGACACCUCCCUCAGGGUAGACUUCAUGGACUGUGAGGAAUCAAAUGAUGAUGAUGAAGAUGAUGAAGAAGAAUCUGAAAAUAAUACAGCUGAAGUUCUCUCCCAGGAGCCAGAUGCCACUUCCACAUCAAACUUCAAUGGGGUAACCGGCGACCAACAGGAGUCCAAUGCUGAUGUCCCUCGCUGGGACACGUUCUUUAAGUGUGACAGACCAGAAGAAACCUCUGAUAUUGAGGACAACUUCCCCUCCUCAGCAGACGCUGGUGGCUCCCAGUCACUCUUCAGUGAUUCAGAUGGCGUCAGCGACUCCACACACAUCUCCUCCCAAAACUCUUCCCAGUCAACACAUAUAUCAGAGCAGGGGAGCCAGGGCUGGGACAGCCAAAUGGACACAGUGCUCAUUACCACCCAAGAGAGGAACGCCUUGGACAACAGCAGAGGUGGGAGCAGGACAGUUGCUGUAUCACAGGACACCACCAAAUACAGUCCACUUGACAACAGCCCUUGCCAGCCACUGAGUCAGAAUAGAUCUUGUGCCCACAAUGUUGCCUGCGUCUUGAAAAGCAGAGACACUGAGAAAGAUGCAGAUGCUGGCACCACUCGUGUUGGAGAUGGGGUGGUGGAAGUAAGUGACAACUCCAGGACGCCAGAUCUGGAGCUGAGGAGGGACUCCCAGAGCUCCUCUGACUUUGAAAUUCCCUUGACUCCUGAUGCUGAGGCGCCUCAGCCAGAAAAACUGCGCUGUUUGUAUAAGAAGCUGGCAGCAGGUGAAAGCAUAGUCUGUGAGAAAAGAGACUCCUGAAGACACGAGGAACUGAUCACGUCGUGGUAACAAAUGCUGGAGUUUAUUAAACCCUGACUUGCUUUUCUCUUUCAUGCUGGUUACUGUCUGCAGCUGCUCAGGCAAUGGUUUCAGGAACCUCUUACUGUCAGAACUCAGAAGCUGCAGCCUGUGUAACUGUGUUGUUCCUUCCAUGAACUACUGAGAAGGAUACUGGGAGGGAUGUGAAAGCCUUCUAUCUCCUGAGCUUCAGUUCUCUGGAACUGCAAGCAGCCAAAAAAUGGACCAGACAGAACUAAGGGUUAAACACUGGAUGAAGUUCAGUGUUUCUCUUUUAUCAUGAGCUCUAAGAGUUUGCCUUUGAGAGAUAAUGAUACCAGGUUUUAAUGAAACACCACGUUUUUAACUGUGGGAAUACAUAAUCUUUCAGGUAUGACCACACAAAACUAUGCAAUAGUUACACUUUGGCUUGAAUCUGAGUUUUCACUGCAGUUACUUUUAAGAUCAACUGCAGAACAGCCCAGAGAAUUGCCAAAAAGUGGGUUUUUUAAUAAAUCAAAUAGUUCUUUUCCAGGA